AGCCCAGAUUUGUUCGGUAACCCUGGUUUACUAUAUUGAAACCUUUUGAAUAAUACAAUAUUCCCAUAUAAGGCAUAGGGCCGUCUGUUGCCAUGAAAACAAAACACUCUAUUAUAUAUUAUGUGGUGAUGGCUGAUUGCAAGCGCCUUUUACGUUACCAUGCCAACGGAGGGAAAUAAAACGAUUUAUUAUCCCUGGGAUUGGAGCCAUCAGGCCGUAGAUGAAAUUACCCAUCAGCAGAGAAGCAUGCCACACGCAUUGAGCUAAAGAGAGUGUCGCCGACGGGAAAGGUUGAACGUUGUAGUGGCUGGUUUGAUACCCUCGCAGCGAGUUGAUGUUACUACAUCAGAAAGACGAGUUGUCUCUACAGCAUCAUGUGGACGAGUUGUCUACCCAUACUGAGUUGAUGUUACUACAUCAGAAAGACGAGUUGUCUCCUCACACUAAGCUGAUGUCACUACAGCAUCAUGAGGACGAGUUGUCUACUCACACUGAGUUGAUGUCACUACAUCAGAAGGAUGAGUUGUCUAACAGGUCUUAUGCCCAGUCGUUGGCGGGAUCUUUAUGCAUAAAAAAGUGGCUACGACUUGGCGGGAAUAACUGAUCGUCUGCUCACUUCUGUUGUUUUUUGAACAAUCUAGACACUGAGAUUCUGUGUCUAUUUGUUGUCAAACCCACAUGACAUGACUCUAAACAGAGCUUUGAGAUCCAGAUCCAGAUUCACACUUUAAUGCUGAGAUAGUGUGGUUCAGAAGUUGACUGUUACCCCGGGAGAUAUUUUGCUCCUUGGGAUUAAUCGAACGCUGUUCCGGAGUGAACUACCGACUGCGGAAGUGCAUCUUUACAUACAGAUCACCGGAGCACAAGGGCCGGAGUGCUGCUAUUUAUCGGAACCACAUUUUGACAGGAAUUCUCUUCCUAUGGAUUCAGAUGGCAAGUAAGGUGAGUUGCUAAUGUAAUUAUGCAUGGAUAAGGUUCCAGGCUGUCAUGAAUGCUGUCGUCGUACGUCUUGCUUCAUAGAAACUUUGGCCGCCAUCUUUGACGACAAACAAUGAACGUGUGUACGCGUGUACUGCGCUGCGCAUGACCCAAGCCAAUCAUCGGGUCUUCGAUUGACCUCCGUGUAGGUGCUGUUCGGGCUUGUGACAAGAUUCUGGACCCUUUAUAGACUUUGUUAAGACGUUAAUGGUGUGGAAGUGAAGAUGGCGACUGGAUUAAAGACUAGACCUAUCCUAAUGAAAGGUCCAAGUGCAAGGGUCAUACCACCAAGAUUGACCACUAAGAGCUCGACUGACUUAUUGCCAUUGGAGAUGAGAUUGGGCACCAGUAAGGAUGCGCAACCGGCCGCCAUCUUGAAACAGAAGCAAGUUCAGAAGCUUGACAUUCCCGCUCAAACAAGACGGAAAUCGUCUGCCGAUGUAGAUGAACAGAAGGGAGUCUUGAAACCAGACCAAACGAGUCAGACUACUGAGAGUCUAUUGUACGUACAGUGUCAGUUGAAUGGAGAGCAAGCAAUCGCAUUGAUUGAUACGGGAAGUCUUCAGUCUACUAUACCACGUGGAAUCGCAGAAGUCUAUGGAUUAAUCGGUUCAGGUGGCAAGGCGAUUAAUUGCCAUGGCAACGGAACUAAACACAACAUAUGUCCCGAGAUUGAGACGGAUGAAUAUCGGAUAGUAACUGAGCUUCGUCUUGGAAGGGCGCCCUCUGACUACUCACUGAUCGUUGUGCCUGAUACAUCUAGUUUGGUUUUAACAAUCGGAAUGGAUGUCUUACAUCGGAACAAGUGCGUUCUUGACUUUGAAUCUCGAGUUUUGUACCUCAACGGCGUAUCCGGUGACGUUAAGGAACUACUCCUCCAUGAAGAGGUGUAUGGUGAUACCAGACUAGUCAGAUCCCAGUCAUCGACAUUGUGAAUCAACGGUAUAUAGGAGUCUGGGUUUGUUUCAAAUAAAAGUCUGGUCCCUCAGAGUGUCUGUUAUUGCGUCUCAUUGGCAAUUGUUUAAAAACUAUCCUGCUGAAAUCACGCGAGGACGCCCUGUUUUUGUUGCGAGAUGGUGGCAUUUUUAUGUAUCGAGUCUCCGAAACUCCAGAUAUUAAAAUGUUUGGUAAACAAAAUAAUAACUGUAUACGAGUGGACUCUUAUUUAGAGAUAAUUGUAUGUCAAGUUUACAAUUAUUUGAUUUUUUUUUCUAUGCACAGAUGAACAAGUGUAAGGCAUAUCGCUGUAACUAAAUUAGUGUACAUUGUAGAAUAAAGCAUUGUUCAAUUAUUUUGAAAGCAUCAUCACGUGUACAAUAAUAAUUGUUCUGACCCCACAUGUACAGAAACUCCUGCUAAUGACUUACUCAUUAUUCAAGUGAAAAGGCUGUAUAUAAGAGUGAAAACAUGCUUUGAGGUUUCUAAGAAUGUACAUGGACAUUAAUCGAGUGAGAUUGACAGAAAUGAUCGUUUGUCCUCAUGGUGGCGCCCUUUCCAUAAUAAUGUUUGUACAAAAUGGCGUCUUUAAGCACCCUGGUCCUAGUCAACUUUUAUAAAGAUGUUUACCUGUAAGCAAACUUGUGUGCUUGUUAUAGCAGGAAGCGAAAUGUUUAGCAAAAGUGGAGUAAAAACGAUUAAGAAGAUUUUACAGGGCGUUGUGCGUUCACAAAUAGUUGUCGCGUCACUCCUAGCAAAAACUACUAGCAUGUUAGCGUCGUUUUAUUUGCUUACCGGUUAGCAGUGUAUGAAGUAGAAACUGUGUUAAGAGUUGCUCCGUAAGCACAAAACUUCUGCUUACUGGCUUUAUGAAAUAGCCACCUGGCCUCAUUAUGAUCAAAAGUUUAAUAUUUCAAAAGUAUAACAAUUACGUAACAAUAGUGAGUUUCUACUCAGAGACAUGUACUUUUAACCAAUAGGAUGGUAGAAUUUGUUAAAGUGUAGAAGUCAAUAUAGACAAGCCGAGGCUGGCAGGAAUAGUCGGGCCUUUUUUUAUUACAAUAAUGCGUUUUAGUAUAUUAUCAGAGCGGAUAAGACAUGUCCACAAAGCAAGCCAAAUCACUUGCCUUUAUAAACUUAUGAAUGACUUGUUGUACCUUUAAGACAUGGAAAGUUUGGUUUACACUAUAAAUUAGUCACUUUAAUUUCAUUUACCGGUGUAUGGCACAUGUCUUUAUAAUUAUUGUAGUUAACUAAUGCAAAGUAGUCUUUUAAAGAGAAGUAAGACGAAGAAGAGGGGGACAUGGCAAAAGCUUGACCAGUUUGAGGAGUACUGUUUUAUUAUUUUGUCUCCACAUUUUGGUACUUAUUUACAUUAUAUUUUAAUCGGUAUACACUCUCUCGCCCAGAUAAUAGUUGUUUCUACUAAGUGUGUAUUCAUACUUUUUUUCCAAGGCGAAUUCGGCUAAUUAAAAUAAAAAA